UUUCUGACCUCCCUGUGCUGCAUUCAAGGUCACUUGAGCUAGACUUGCGAAUGAGAAAACCGCUGCCCACUAUGGAUCCGCUGCCAACCGUGUCACUUGCCAAGCUCAUCGAUGGUGAUAUUGGGACGGUGAACGAGCUCACUUCCGCCUGUUGUGACAUUGGCUUUCUAACUUGGACCUGUGCAAUCGCCGCUGAUGUCACGCCCCAGAUCCCCAAUAAUGCGCUCUUCGACCUCGACCCCAAACAUGCCCAUGACGGCUCCGGAGCCACUGACGUCCAAGUGGGAUCUCUGGAAGACUUUCUCUCUCGCGACCUGAAAGACUGCAUCGCAAGUGCGAGCUAUCAACGAACAGGUCUUGGUCUACUCAAGUAUCUGCCUUACGGCAGUAGUGACGCGAAUAUUGGCCACAUUGCACAUACCAACCUUGGAGACUGGCAAUCGUCUUCUCCAACACUGGCGGGUUACAAGUAUGCAUGCCAGGCCUGGAGGUUUGGCGGUACAUUGCUCCCGAACCCGGGCACGCGAUCGGUAAACGCGGGAGACUCCUUGACUGCCUUUCCGAAAAGCGCUCUUCGAUCGUGUUUGCACCGGAUUGAGCCUCACGCCCGACUUGUGACAGACCAAGUUCUCCCUCGUCUAUCUAUGCGUCCGGAAUAUGACACACGUUUUCACCGCGAGUGA